AUGACUAGGGAGACUAAGGUAGCCGAGCUCCUGUCUCAGAAUGGUGGAUGGAAUUUCCAGCUGCUCCACCAGUUGUUUAAUCAAGAAACAAUCUCUGCUAUCCUCAGCGAAGGUGUCCCUACUGGCAGGGGAAAGGAUAGCUGGGUCUGGACCUUGGAAAAUAAUGGUAGGUUCACCUGCAAAUCUGCCUACUUGGCCCAAACCAUGGAUAAUUCCAACCCUCCAGAGGUUGCUCCCUCUAUGUGGAACAAGCUUUGGAAUAGUAAAAUCCCAGAAAGACUCAAAGUCCUUUGGUGGUGCAUUCUGUCUAAGGCUCUCCCAGUUCGUUCGGUGUUAGGUAGAAGGUUUCCUGUUGAGGACGAGAGCUGCCCCCUAUGCGGAGCAGAAAGUGAAACUUUGGAGCAUUUAUUUCUCUCCUGUAAUGUUGCCUUUCACCUAUGGCGAUCUUCUCCUUGGGGUAUUUUCCCCAUCUGUGACACGGGUAUAAGAAUGUGGGAUUGGGUUAAGUUCUUAUGGGAGCUCAAAAACAAAGGCAUUAAUGAACAGGAAAUUUUUUUAUACGCUUCGCUCAUCAUUGACACCAUCUGGCGGACAAGAAAUGAAAAGGUACAUAAUAAUAGUCCGGUGGAUAUCUUUAAAUGUAUUGACGUUAUUCGUUUUUCUUUUGCAGAUCAUCAUGCUUACUUGCUCCCUUGUCCAACCCGAUGCCUGACGGAAUCUUGGAGUCCACCCCCACAGGAUUGGGUGAAGCUCAACUGUGACGUUAGAGUGGGGAUGGAUAGCAUGUGCGCUGCAGUGGUUGCAAGGGAUCACGUCGGCAAGGUGAUCUGGGUAUCUACAAAAAGACUGGAUUUUUCUAGUGCUCUCUGUGGAGAAGCGGCGGCCUGCUGUUUGGCCAUAGAGGAGGCAAAAGCUCGCGGUAUUCAGUACCUUAUAGUGGAGAGUGAUUCGAGGGUGGUGAUCGACGUCCUUAAUGGGAAGGAGUCCCGUUGGGAGAUUGAUAACUAUGCCUCUUUUUGUAAAACCACCUCCACCUCUUUUAUUGGUUGUACUUUUCAUUUCGUUAGUAGACAGUGUAAUUUUAUGGCCCAUAAUGUGGCUAACUGGGCUUUUUCCAAUCUGAGGUUUGGCGCUGUGCCGAUCUCCUCUUUGCCUGAAACUAUAUGUUGUAAUGACCGGGAGGUCUAA